UCGCGCAGCCCCGGGUAGAGAAGAUGGCGGUGCCGGGAUGGCUGGAGAGGUUGCGGGCUGCGGAGAAGACGGCCCUGUUGCAGGACGGUAACACGGGGACAGCACCCCAGACUCCCCAGGCCUGGGCUCGCUCUCCCGGCCCUCCCCCACAGCGGUCGUCCCGGCUGAGGCCAGGACGGAAGCCGGCCUUGGAACCCCCAGGGGACUGGGGGCUGCCGUCGAACCCCGAGGCCUCGGGGCGGGCGGGGCCUGCGGGGGCGGGGUGGGCUCGGUUCUGGGACUUCUAACCCCGCCUCGGUUGGUUGUGAGCUCUAUUCCCCGCUUUCGGGUCACCCUUGCCCUGCUCUCGAGGAUCUUCCAGGCAGAUGGAAGGAUGGGCCAGGAUUCAGGGUCCAAAAAGCCAGAGUUCGUGUCCUUCCCACUUGUUUUGUGUGACCAUAAAACCUCCCAACCCCUCUACUCUGGGUCUCCGUUUCCUUAUCUCUGACGUAAGGGGGUUGACCCAAGUGAGCCUGUAGCACUACACCGAAGUCUGUGCUCCAAGGACCCCAGGAACCGGGGAUGUACGAGUGAGACUAGGGCCCAAGGGAGGUCGGGGUAAAGUGCAUCUUUGACUGUUCUCCUGCUCCUUCUGCUAUCCUUGAUACCUCCUCUGGGCUCCCCAGUGGACAAGGAAAAGAGGAAAACCGAUAGCAAUGUCCACUACACCAAAUCUGGUUGUUGCUUGUCACUGUUGCUACAGGGGUCGUGCUUAAGGAGUGAAACUCGGACUGGUGUCAAAAAAAAAAAAAAAAAAAAAGGCUUUCGGUUCUUUGAAGAGCUGCAUCCUAGCUGUAGUCAGCCCAGAAAACCCAGAGGGAAAGAGGAAAGUGCAUUACCUGUUCCCUGAUGGAAAGGAGAUGGCUGAAGAGUAUGAUGUAAAAACCAGUGAACUCCUAGUUAGAAAGUGGCGGGUGAAGAAUGCCCUGGGAGCUAUGAGCCCAUGGCAGACAGAAGUGGGAGAGCCAACAACUCCUGGGGGUGGAAUCCUGGGAUCAGAGCUCAUCAAGGAAAGCAGUUCCAAUCCCAUCUUCAUGCGGAAGGACACAAAAACAAGUUUUCAGUGGCGGAUUCGUAAUCUUCCCUACCCCAAGGAUGUCUACAGUGUCUCUGUGGAUGCAAGUGAGCGCUGCCUCAUUGUCCGGACCACUAACAAAAAGUACUACAAGAAAUUCUCCAUUCCUGACAUGGACCGAUACCAACUUCCUCUGAGCAGCUCUGCACUGAACUUUGCCUAUGCCAACUGUACCCUGAUCAUCACUUAUCAAAAGCCAAAAGAGAUCCUAGAUGCAGAGGAAGAGUUACAGAGAGAGCUGAAGAAAGUGAAGACAGCCAAUGGCCAGAGUGGGGAUUGUAAGACCCAGUAACUAGGCCUCCCUGUCUGCAGACUUCCUAACUGGAGGUGUUUUGGGUCAUUUCCACAAAGAACCCUGAUGAACAGGCCGUGGCUUUAUCCUUAGCUGAAUGAAGACUUCGCUGGGUUUCAGGAUUUAUCGCACAGACAGAUAAAAUUGAGCCUGAAAGCAGGCCCUGACCUAAAAAUGAUUCCUCCCAGGUCUUCUAGGUCAGCUGAUUUUCUGAGUAAAGAUGAUUUGAGUUACCAUUA